AUGUCUGACCAGUUGCUCUCUAAUGAGCGGUAUUUACCCCUCUCCAGGCGGUUGUGUUACGCAUCUGGUCACUUUUUGAACGACCUUUGCGCGUCAUUAUGGUUUACCUACCUAUUGGUCUACUAUCAUUCGGUGCUUGGGUUCAAGAGCACAUAUGCAGGUGUGUUGCUGCUUAUAGGUCAAAUAGCGGAUGGCGUCUCCACGCCCGUUGUCGGUAUCGAGUCGGACCGAACAGCUGGAUGUGGAGCAUAUGGCAAAAGAAAAACAUGGCAUUUAGUCGGUAAGUAUGACUUCAAUAAUGAUAAUUUGACCCAUUUGAUUAGCCUGGCUGAACUAAAGUUAAAUAACAAUUGAGGGGUUACCCAGUAACACUAUUGGGUGAGUGCACCUGUGCCAUAAAGAUCCAUACCAUUUGGCAGAGGCCAUAAUUCUAUACUUGCAUGCAGGUAGGCUAGGUUACACUCUCCAUCUGUCGAAAAGCUCUUGAACACAUGAGAAUAAGAGAACAGUUCCAACAAAAGUUUGAGACAGUAGGCAGAUUUCAAUUGACCCACGUUUAUUAGACAAAAGAAAAGUUCGCAAUAACAAAACAAAUAAUUGCGAGAUGUGUAGGCCUAAUGGAAACCGCAGAGAGGAUACGUUUUCUAAAGAUCGACAAUAUUUGUAACUGUUAGACGGGUGUAUUUUAAUUUGGUCGAACUUUAUUGCGACAAAUGAUGAUGGAAACGGGUGUUUUUCGAAUAAAUGAUUGUCGAAUACUUUUGAAGGUACACGGGUGCACGUGAUGUCAUCACGUAACUAUAACCUCCAAUCCACAUUUAAUUUUAAACGCCUACUGCUUGCAAAAUAUUUUUUUUAAACUAUCAAAAUUAUGUUUCUUUGCAGGACAAGGAUUUUCCUGACUUUCAAGAAUUCCUGAAUUGCUUGGCCUUGCUUUUCAGUUUGGCUGGCAAGUUUCACCAUGCAAUUAUUUCAGAUCUACAGGAGUGCAAGUGUCUCCAAGACACGGACCCUGGCGAUAUGUAUAUGGAAAAUAUUAGUAAAUUAUUGCAUUCUAACCAUGUUGGCUUUCGCGGCCUACCUGAAACAUGAAACAGAUCGGUGGGAGGCAUACAGUCUGUCGCCAAUUUAUUAAUGCGCAAUUUGUUUAAAUGGGUAAUAGAAACAAUUCAACCACUUCAUUUUUAUUGGACACUAGGUUUUUGGAAAUGAUGCAGGGAAUUGUUGCAUCUAUUUUCUAUGCGAACUUUAUAAAUGUAGAUAAAGAAAUCACUGGGCAAGUUAAUGAAAAUAUAGCUACUGUUGGGAUCAUCUCACUACUGCCACCAACGUAGUAUUUGAGGGGGAACAGGCAGGGCGGGGCUUGGACUUGAACCAGCAACUCUCUGUGAGUGCUCCUCAAGGAGCAAGGACAGAGUUGUACCUAAUAAGGGUGCCCAGCUUUAGGUUUUGAAAUGUCCCACACAUUGGACCAUUAUUAAUGUAAUUAUGAAAUAAUCCCAGUAAGCCUACAUAUAGGGCGGCAGUAACUGAAAUGUCGCUGGUUCAAAUCCCUGAGCAGACUAGAUGAAACAUCUGUUGAUGUGCUCUUGAGCAAGGAACUUAACCCUAAUUGCUUGUGUAAGUCACUCUGGAUAAGAGCGUCUGCUAAAUGUAAAAAAAAAAAAAUCAUAAUGUACAGGAUUAUACUGUAUUAUAGAAUCCGUCAAUUAACUAAUAAUCGUAUAAUAUCUAGACCAGCUGAUUAAACAUCAUUACAACAGGCUCAUGAGACAAGGGUUUCUUUGUCCUGUGGCCUGUCCACAUUUCUCUGUAUUGAUAGUUCCAUGCAUGACUAACUCUCAUAGGCUGGAUAGUUUGUUUACCCUGACCUCAUCCCUCAUAUCCCUCCACCCUUACAGGCACUAUCAGUGUACUUAUCUCCUUUCCCUUCAUCUUUAACCCGUGUCUGGGAUGUGGUGACAACACUCCACAGUGGGUGGGGCUCACCUAUUUCACCCCCUUCAUCAUCAUCUUCCAGUUUGGCUGGGCCGCUACCCAGAUCUCCCACCUGUCACUCAUCCCAGAGCUGGUGUCCAGUGAGCAUGCCAAGGUGGAGCUCACUGCCUACAGGUGAGCAGAAUAGGCUACUUUAGCAGGAGGUAAACAGCAAGCUAGUGAGGUGAUUCUUAACUCCCUAAAUAAAAACAUGUAUGAGGAAAUCAGUUGAAAGUGAAAAAAACAAGGUACUGUACCACAGGAGGCUGCUGAGGGGAGAAUGUCUCAUAAUAAUGUCCAGAAUGCUGCAAAUGGAAUGCCAUCAAACUCCUGCAAACCAUGUGUUUGAUACCAUUCCACUCAUUCCACUUCAGUCAUUACCACGAGCCCGUUCUCCCCAAUUAAGGUGCUACCUUACCUCCUGUAUUGACUGUAAGUCGCUUUGGAUAAAAGCGUCUGCUAAAUGGCUUAUUAUUAUUAUUAUUAUUACAUAGUCUAAUUACAGUGGGGGAAAAAAGUAUUUAGUCAGCCACCAAUUGUGCAAGUUCUCCCACUUAAAAAGAUGAGAGGCCUGUAAUUUUCAUCAUAGGUACACGUCAACUAUGACAGACAAAAUUAGGAAAAAAAAUCCAGAAAAUCACAUUGUAGGAUUUUAAUGAAUUUAUUUGCAAAUUAUGGUGGAAAAUAAGUAUUUGGUCAAUAACAAAAGUUUCUCAAUACUUUGUUAUAUACCCUUUGUUGGCAAUGACACAGGUCAAACGUUUUCUGUAAGUCUUCACAAGGUUUUCACACACUGUUGCUGGUAUUUUGGCCCAUUCCUCCAUGCAGAUCUCCUCUAGAGCGGUGAUGUUUUGGGGCUGUCGCUGGGCAACACAGACUUUCGACUCCCUCCAAAGAUUUUCUAUGGGGUUGAGAUCUGGAGACUGGCUAGGCCACUCCAGGACCUUGAAAUGCUUCUUACGAAGCCACUCCUUCGUUGCCCGGGCGGUGUGUUUGGGAUCAUUGUCAUGCUGAAAGACCCAGCCACGUUUCAUCUUCAAUGCCCUUGCUGAUGGAAGGAGGUUUUCACUCAAAAUCUCACGAUACAUGGCCCCAUUCAUUCUUUCCUUUACAUGGAUCAGUCGUCCUGGUCCCUUUGCAGAAAAACAGCCCCAAAGCAUGAUGUUUCCACCCCCAUGCUUCACAGUAGUUAUGGUGUUAUUUGGAUGCAACUCAGCAUUCUUUGUCCUCCAAACACGACGAGUUGAGUUUUUACCAAAAAGUUCUAUUUUGGUUUCAUCUGACCAUAUGAUAUUCUCCCAAUCCUCUUCUGGAUCAUCCAAAUGCACUCUAGCAAACUUCAGACGGGCCUGGAGCCCCAGAUCGAGGGAGAUUAUCAGUGGUCUUGUAUGUCUUCCAUUUCCUAAUAAUUGCUCCCACAGUUGAUUUCUUCAAACCAAGCUGCUUACCUAUUGCAGAUUCAGUCUUCCCAGCCUGGUGCAGGUCUACAAUUUUGUUUCUGGUGUCCUUUGACAGCUCUUUGGUCUUGGCCAUAGUGGAGUUUGGAGUGUGACUGUUUGAGGUUGUGGACAGGUGUCUUUUAUACUGAUAACAAGUUCAAACAGGUGCCAUUAAUACAGGUAACGAGUGGAGGACAGAGGUGCCUCUUAAAGAAGAAGUUACAGGUCUGUGAGAGCCAGAAAUCUUGCUUGUUUGUAGGUGACCAAAUACUUAUUUCCCACCAUAAUUUGCAAAUAAAUUCAUAAAAAAUCCUACAAUGUGAUUUUCUGGAUUUUGUUCUUCUCAAUUUGUCUGUCAUAGUUGACGUGUACCUAUGAUGAAAAUUACAGGCCUCUCUCAUCUUUUUAAGUGGGAGAACUUGCACAAUUGGUGGCUGACUAAAUACUUUUUCCCCCCACUGUAUUUGUGAUAUCUUCUGAUGUAGUUUUACAACCUUGUACCAUCUCUCUCACUGUGUAGGUAUGCGUUCACGGUGGUGGCCAAUAUUACAGUGUAUGCUGUGACCUGGUUACUCUUUCACUUCCAGUCCCAGCAGACUGGAGAUCCCUCUGUCACUGACAGCUUGGGCAUUGUUGACAUCCCCAUAUUCAGGGUAAGAGCUGCCCUUCCUGACCUCACUGUUUUACAAACGGUACUCUGGUACAAUGCAGUUGAAAUGGGAAGUCCAAUUAGUCCUCAAGCACACAUGGGUGUUCAGAUUGUUGUUACAGUCAUGAUGGCUGAAUGUAGUAUUUGUACCAGUCUUUUUAACAAACAUUCUACUCUUUGUCACUCCUGUCAUUUUCCAAAGACAGGAGUGGCAAGGUGAAAAAUUUUAGCUAAAAAGACUGGUACCCAGGCUACCCACUGGGCACACACUGGUUGAAUCAACGUUGUUUCCACGUCAUUUCAAUGAAAUUACAUUGAACCAACGUGGAAUAGACGUUGAAUUGACGUCUGUGCCCAAUGGGUAGGCUGACCUCGAUUGUAAUCCUGGAUAUUACUUUAUCCAGUACUCUACCGAUUGGGACAUUUUCAAAGAUGAAAACGCCAACCUUCACGAUUUACACAGACAGGGUCACAUUUUACAUCAGUGUUUGUGAGGAAAACUGCAUUCCAACCAGCACUUUUGUCAAAUUCAACAACGACAAACCCUGGUUCAUGCUGAACUCCAAGCCCUGCACUUAGCCAAAGAGGUGGCACAUAGGAGUAACAACAAAGACAACUAUAGAACUGCUAAACAGCUGCUCAACAAGGGGAUUAAAGUGGCAAAAAGUUGUUUCAAGGAGCGCCACCAACGACUGCUCGUCUGUCUGGAAGGGUCUCUGGCAGAUCACAAACUACAAACGGGUUCUACUGUCGUUUUGAAACACAAAGUGCCCUCAGCCAUCAAUAGAUCUUGCCCCUCAGUUGACAACACCCUCAGCCAUCAUGACUAUACCCCCCCUCCGGCCACAGACAUGUGACUAACAGAAAUUGAAUAAUGUGUCCCUGAACAAAGGGGGGGUCAAAAUCAAAAGUAACAGUCAGUAUCUGGUGUGGCCACCAGCUGCAUUAAGUACUGCAGUGCAUCUCCUCCUCAUGGACUGCACCAGAUUUGCCGGUUCUUGCUGUGAGAUGUUACCCCACUCUUCCACCAAGGCACCUGCAAGUUCCCUGACAUUUCUGCGGGGAAUGGCCCUAGCCCUCACCCUCCAAUCCAACAGGUCCCAGAUGUGCUCAAUGGGAUUGAGAUCCGGGCUCUUCGCUGGCCAUGGCAGAACACUGACAUUCCUGUCUUGCAGGAAAUCACGCACAGAACGAGCAGUAUGGCUGGUGGCAUUGUCAUGCUGGAGGGUCAUGUCAGGAUGAGCCUGCAUGAAGGGUACCACAUGAGGGAGGAGGAUGUCUUCCCUGUAACACACAGCGUUGAGAUUGCCUGCAAUGACAACAAGCUCAGUCCGAUGAUGCUGUGACACACUGCCUCAGACCAUGACGGACCCUCCACCUCCAAAUCGAUCCUGCUCCAGAAUACAGGCCUCGGUGUAACGCUCAUUCCUUCGACGAUAAACGCAAAUCCAACCAUCACCCCUGGUGAGACAAAACCGUGACUUGUCAGUGAAGAGCACUUUUUGCCAGUCCUUUCUGGUCCAGCGACGGUGGGUUUGUGCCCGUUGUUGCCGGUGAUGUCUGGUGAGGACCUGCCUUACAACAGGCCUACAAGCCCUCAGUCCAGCCUCUCUCAGCCUAUUGCGGACAGUCUGAGCACUGAUGGAGGGAUUGUGCGUUCCUGGUGUAACUCGGGCAGUUGUUGUUGCCAUCCUGUACCUGUCCCGCAGGUGUGAUGUUCGGAUGUACCGAUCCUGCGAGGACAAUCAGCUGUCCGUCUUGUCUCCCUGUAGCGCUGUCUUAGGCGUCUCACAGUACGGACAUUGCAAUUUAUUGCCCUGGCCACAUCUGCAGUCCUCAUGCCUCCUUGCAGCAUGCCUAAGGCACGUUCACGCAGAUGAGCAGGGACCCUGGGCAUCUUUCUUUUGGUGUUUUUCAGAGUCAGUAGAAAGGCCUCUUUUAGUGUCCUAAGUUUUCAUAACUGUGACCUUAACUGCCUACCGUCUGUAAGCUGUUAGUGUCUUAACGACCGUUCCACAGGUGCAUGUUCAUUAAUUGUUUAUGGUUCAUUGAACAAGCAUGGGAAACAGUGUUUAAACACUUUACAAUGAAGAUCUGUGAAGUUAUUUGGAUUUUUACGAAUUAUCUUUGAAUGACAGGGUCCUGAAAAGGGGACGUUUCUUUUUUGCUGAGUUUACAGUUGAAGUCUGAAGUUUACAUACACCUUAGCCAAAUACAUUUAAACUCAGUUUUUAGGUCAGUUAGGAUCACCACUUUAUUUUAAGAAUGUGAAAUGUCAGAGUAAUAGUAGAGAGAAUGAUUUAUUUCAGCUUUUAUUUAUUUCAUCACAUUCCCAGUGGGUCAGAAGUUUACAUACACUCAAUUAGUAUUUGGUACCAUUGCCUUUGUAUUUGGUAGCAUUGUUUAACUUGGGUCAAAUGUUUUGUGUAGCUUUCUACAAGCUUCCCACAAUAAGUUGGGUGAAUUUUGUCCCAUUCCUCCUAACAGAGCUGGUGUAACUGAGUCAGGUUUGUAGGCCUCCUUGCUCGCACACGCUUUUUCAGUUCUGCCCACAAAUGUUCUAUAGGAUUGAGGUCAGGGCUUUGUGAUGGCCACUCCAAUAACUUGACUUUGUUGUCCUUAAGCCAUUUUGCCACAACUUUGGAAGCAUGCUUGGGGUCAUUGUCCAUUUGGAAGACCCAUUUGCGACCAAGCUUUAACUUCCUGACUGAUGUCUUGAGAUGUUGCUUCAAUAUAUCCACAUAAUUUUCCUUCCUCAUGAUACCAUCUAUUUUGUGAAGUGCACAAGUCCCUCCUGCAGGAAAGCACCCCCACAGCAUGAUGCUGCCACCCCCGUGCUUCACGAUUGGGAUGGUGAUCUUCAGCUUGCAAGGAUCCCCCUUUUUCCUCCAAACAUAACGAUGGUCAUUAUGGCCAAACAGUUCUAUUUUUGUUUCAUCAGACCAGAGGACAUUUCUCCAAAAAGUACGAUCUUUGUCCCCAUGUGCAGUUGCAAACCGUAGUUUGGCUUUUUUAUGGCGUUUUUGGAGCAGUGGCUUCUUCCUUGCUGAGCGGCCUUUCAGGUUAUGUCGAUAUAGGACUUGUCUUACUGUGGAUAUAUAUACUUUUGUACCUGUUUCCUCCAGCAUCUUCACAAAGUCCUUUGCUGUUGUUCUGGGAUUGAUUUGCACUUUUCGCACCAAAGUACGUUCAUCUCUAGGAGACAGAACGUGUCUCCUUCCUGGCUGAUUUCUUUUGAUUUUCCCAUGAUGUCAAGUAAAGAGGCACUGAGUUUGAAGGUAGGCCUUGAAAUACAUCCACAGGUAGACCUCCAAUUGACUCAAAUGAUGUCAAUUAGCCUAUCAGAAGCUUCUAAAGCCAUUACAUAUUUUUCUGGAAUUUUCCAAGCUGUGUGAAGGCACAGUCAACUUCUGACCUACUGGAAUUGUGAUACAGUGAAUCUGUCUGUAAACAAUUGUUGGAAAAAUUACUUGUGUCAUGCACAAAGUAGAUGUCCUAACCGACUUGCCAAAACUAUAGUUUGUUAACACGAAAUUUGUGGAGUGAUUGAAAAACAAGUUUGAAUGACUCCAACCUAAGUGUAUGUAAACUUCCAACUUCAACUGUAUAUACAUAUGUGUGUGUGUUUAUUUAUAUAUAUAUAUGUGUGUGUGUGUGUGUGUGUGUGUAAAUAUAUAUAUAUAUAUAUAUAUAUAUAUAUAUAUAUAUAUACACACACACACACUACUGUUCAAAAGUUUGGGGUCACUUAGAAAUGUCCUUGUUUUCGAAAGAAAAGCAAUUUUUUUGUACAUUUAAAAGAACAUCAAAUUGAUCAGAAAUACAGUGUAGACAUUGUUAAUGUUGUAAAUGGCUAUUGUAGCUGGAAAUGGCUGAUUUUUUUAUGGAAUAUCUACAUAGGCGUACAGAGGCCCAUUAUCAGCAACCAUCAGUCCUGUGUUCCAAUGGCACGUUAUGUUUGCUAAUCCAAGUUUAUCAUUUUAAAAGGCUAAUUGAUUAUUAAACCCUUUUGCAAUUAUGUUAGCACAGCUGAAAACUGUUGCGCUGAUUAAAGAAGCAAUAAAACUGGCCUUCUUGAGACUAGUUGAGUAUCUGGAGCAUCAGCAAUUGUGGGUUCGAUUACAGGCUCAAAAUGGCCAGAAACAAAGAACUUUCUUCUGAAACUCGUCAGUCUAUUCCUGUUCUGAGAAAUGAAGGCUUUUCCAUGCGAGGAAUUGCCAAGAAACUGAAGAUCUAGUACAACGCUGUGUAGUACUCCCUUCACAGAACAGCGGAAACUGGCUCUAACCAGAAUAGAAAGAGGAGUGGGAGGCCCCGGUGCACAACUGAGCUAGAGGACAAAUACAUUAGUGUCUAGUUUGAGAAACAGAUGCCUCACAGGUCCUCAACUGGCAGCUUCAUUAAAUAGUACCCGCAAAACACCAGUCUCAACGUCAACAGUGAAUAGGCGACUCCGGGAUGUGACCUUCUGUAUAUUGUUUCCCUCUGUCUGUCUGUCUGUCUGUCUGUGUCUCUCUCUCUCUCUUUUCUCUCUGUCUGUCUGUGUCUCUCUCUCUCUUGUCUUUCUGUCUCUCUCUCUCGCUCUCCUCUCCUCCUGUCUCCUGCCAUCAGGACCUGUCCCUCAUUGUGCUGGGGAUCGGGGCAGUGUUUUCUUUCGUCUUCCACCUGGGCACCCGAGAAAGGGCUCCUCACAGGGAAGAGCCAGGCUCGCAGAACGACGAGAGUCAACCCCUGAUCUCCCUAAAUCCCCAUAAUGCCAUACCCCAAUCUCUCCUCCAAUGGAAACAUUGGUUGAAGGAGCCUUCAUUUUACCAGGUCUCUCUCUAAUCUGAGUGUGUAUAAUAUAAAUUACCUUUAGGUCUCGUGGAGGUGUAUUUGAAACUGUAAACCUGCUUCUUUUGGUCCAGGUUGCUUUUCUGUACAUGUGCACCAGGUUGAUAGUCAACUUGUCCCAGACCUACAUCUCCAUGUAUCUCAUCAACUCCUUAUUGCUACCAAAGGUAUGGCUACAUCCAUAGAAUAAAUUAUAAUGGUGCCAUUUAUAACUGUUCCUCAGAAUCCUUUGUGCUUGUGAAACUUGCUGACUGUGUAGUAAUGUUGGGCUCAUUUCCUUCUCCUUUUCCAGAACUUCAUCGCCACCAUUCCUUUAGUGAUGUAUGUCAGUGGGUUUGUGUGUUCUCUGGUCAUGAAGCCAAUCAGCAAGCUUGUAGGCAUUAGUGUGAGUUCUUUUGUCUGUGGUUUUUAAACUGUCCGAAAAAUCUUAUAAAAAGCCCCAGUAUUAAGUUUCUUGCAUACACAUUUUUUUAUUUUGUAAUUUCCCCUCUCCUUAGAUGACCUAUUUGCUAGGCCUUGUGCUGAUCCUGGGGUUUUCCUCCUGGGUGUUGGUGGGCAUGAACAUAGGGAGGCUGAUCUAUGGAGCUGCUGUACUGCUGGGUGCAGGCUCUGCCACCAUCCUGGUCAUGUCACUCUCCAUGACGGCCAAACUGAUUGGAGAACAGACGGUAGGAACACCCUGUAUGUUUUAGAUAGAUUUUCCUCCACUGUUGUCAUGACGUUUCUCACCAUGACCAUGUCAAAGGAAUUAACUGUGACCUUGUUCGGUAGCAAAGUGGGGCCUUUGUGUACGGGGCGAUGAGCUUCACAGAUAAGGUGGCCAAUGGCAUUGGUGUCAUCAUAAUCCAGAGUUUGCAUCCCUGCAUGUGAGUAUGGACCAGACUGGGAUCUGUUCUUCUAACUAUCACUUCUUUAGGGCAACCAGGGUACAGCUUUGAGUAACUGUGUCGCUCUUGGUUGUAUACAGUUCACAAGACAGCUGUCCAGACAGUGUGUGGUUCUAUCGUGAUGUCAUGGUGAUUGUGACUGGG